AUGUCUUCCCCACCACCAGCCUCGACAGGAAAUGGGCCACCUCCCGGGCCACUUUCACCGACGGUUGUGAUAGGAUUCUACGUAUUCGACCGCCAUCUUGGUUUUGUCUCGACGAUCAUCUCGUGCAUCGUGUAUGGCCUCAUUGUCGCGCUAUUCUUCGACUGCCUUCACCAUCUCCUACGGAAACCGAGCCGCAAUUCUUGGCGAAAGAAGGCCAUUUUGGUGGGAUAUAUCAUGGGCAUGGUGCUGAUGAGUACGGUGGGGCUGGUUCUGUCCAGCUUGAUCAUGACACGCGCGUUGUUUUACUCACCGGAGGAUCGGUUGUUGAAUUUGUUGGGGAAGGCGGUCGUUAUUCCGUACAUUCUGGCGUCGUGGGGCGCUGAUGGGAUGAUGAUUUGGAGGUGUCUUAUCCUUUACGAAGGCAUAGCGCAGAAUCGGUUCAACUUCCUUCUGGGAUUGUUGGGACUACUAGUGCUGGUUGCUCUGGGAUCAGGAAUUCUUUUUGUCGUGCUUAUCUUCAGGACCGAACGUUUGGCUGCCUCCAUCUUCAUGGUCAUCCUUCCCUGCGCCACUUCUCUGACCAACGUCGCCUUCGCCAGUCUCAUCUCUUUCCGCCUCCUCUGGCAUCAGAAGCGCAUGCGCGACGCCUUAGGGUGGACAUACGGCUCGCCGUACACUCGAACAAUUAAUAUCUGCAUUGAGUCCUGCUCGUUAAUUAUCGUAGCGAGCGUCGCCUUCCUCGCCCUCCGCAUUAAAAACCAAACUGCAGCAGCCAUCCCGGAAAUGCUGCUCAUCCAUGCAUCCGUAAUCUCUCCGCUGCUCAUAAUCCAGCGCGUGGCGAAGGCUACAGAUGCAGUGACGACCAUUAAUACGCGAGACGCGGGGAUCCGGGUAGGGGUGAUAAGUGGAGCGUGCGAUCAUUCGGGACGAGUAUCUACUAUCCGUUUCAACUCCGAGUAUAGCAGUGAACAUAUACCAUAG